AUGUCCAUUUCAACCCAGCAACUACAACUCCUCCUCCACUACACUCCACUCCUCACCACCACCGGAACACUCAUGUUCACGCUGUGCGAGGACCUCUACCUCCGUCCAUUCACCCACCUCGACCCACUCGCCGUCAACGAGAUCCUCCCAUCUUACAUCGCCCGGUGGUUCCCGGCCGGCUUCAGCGUGAUCCUAACUCUCUACCCCUUGACGUGGAUAACGACCAUGGUCAAUUUGCUCCGCAUGCACGGGCCCCAGCGAAGGCAUGCGUGGAGAUGGCACGCAGCGGGGCUGUUUUUCAGCAUCGCCCACAUGUGGUGGGGUCGACGCGCAAAGACGCUCCUGGAUACCAUCCGGAGAAGCCCGGCUCAGCCGCAGCUGCCGAAUGGGGAUCCGGUUACUCUCCUCGCCGCGUGGCUUCGGCUGAAUGUCAGGCGUGGUCUGAUUGCUGAUCUCCCGGCCGGGAUUUGUUUUUUGAUUGGGGCUUUGACACGUGGACGUGGUGUGGGUCAUAACCAUGCAGCGUGA